CAGCGAAAAUUACGAUUCAGCUUCUAAAAUUGCCAAAUGUAAUAAUGUCAUUGAUUUUAUUGCAAACAUCUCCAAUGACUUGUGUACUGGCCCAGCAAAAUUAUUAUCCGGCACUAUCAUAUGUAAGGGUGGAUUUUCGAACUACGCGAUGUUUCUAGAGCAGAUUUGUGGAAAUACUUAUUUAGGUUCACAUGGACUGUGGUGUUCAAACUUGGAAGACAAAUGCUGCCUUAAAAGGGCACAUGAUGCUAUGAGUGGAUUAUAUCCCAGUUGUAAACAGCUCUCAAAAGUAAUCACAGAUUUACCAGACAAACUUUGCAAAAUGUCAAAAGAAAAAGCUUUGGAGUAUGCUAAUUCAGAGCGUUGUAAAUCCGAAAUAAGUUUGAUUACGUCCAAAUCGCACGAAACUUGCCACAAAAUUUUUGCUCCUAAUUAUGUAUUAACUCCAGAAUUUUUUAAAUUAACCAUCUUUUCAACUAGGUAG